AUGUGUGUUUUCUUUACGGCAGUCCAGAUAGGGAAAUUUAGGUUCGUCUUUCCAACGCUCCUGGUCGUCUGCAACGACGUGGCUGCCUAUGGCUGUGGGCGAACUGUAGGACGAACACCGCUUUUCCGGCUGAGUCCUAACAAGACACUGGAAGGCUUUGUCGGUGCCGGCAUCCUUACACUUUGCUGUGGCUUCCUGAUGCAAGAUGAUCCUUAUCACGGCAUCAUCCUCGCUAUCUACGCCUCGUGCGCUGCACCUUUUGGCGGGUUCCUAGCAAGCGCCAUCAAACGUGCAUCUGGGAUCAAGGACUUUGACCAACUCAUCCCAGGUCAUGGCGGAAUGACGGACCGCAUGGACUGCCAAUUGCUGAUGGGUGCCUUCACAUUUGCCUAUAGACACUCGCUUUCUUGUUGA